UCCUCCUGCCCUGGCAGGUUGCGGGGCCAUGGCCGGCCACAGCGACAUCAGCCUCCCGCCGGAGGAGCGCAUCCGCAGCCUCAUCCGCAUGGGAAGUGCCGUGGAGGUGAACGAGGAGGUGCCGCCGCGGCGCUACUACCGCUCCGGCGUGGAGAUCCUCCGCAUGGCCACGGUCUACUCUGAGGAGGGCAACAUGGAGCGCGCCUUCAUCUUGUACAACAAGUACAUCACGCUCUUCAUCGAGAAGCUACCCAAGCACCGCGACUACAGGAACGCCGUCAUCCCCGAGAAGAAGGAGACGGUCAAGAAGCUGAAAGAAGUGGCGUUCCCCAGGGCUGAGGAGCUCAAGAAGGAGCUGCUGAAGCGCUACACCAGGGACUAUGCCAAGUAUAGCGAGCGGAAGAAGGAGGAGGAGGAGGAAUUUGCGCGCAACUUAGCUUUGCAGCAGCAGCUGGAGGAAGAGCGGAAUCGAGUGGCCCUCAUGAAGCAGCAGCAGGCCGAGCAAGAGCAGUUCCACGCCUUCGAGGAGAUGAUCCGGCGGCAGGAGCUGGAGAAGGAGCGACUGCAGAUAGUGCAGGAAUUUGGCAGGCCGGAGCCAAGUCCCCAGUCUCUGGGUGGGCCUCUCAUCCCCGGCGUGGAAAAGCCCCCGACCAAUUUAAUCGCAAAGGCUCCGGUCUCUCCAGUUCAGCCUGCAAGUCUUUCAGCGGGAAUUGUGCCCCCCAAACCUCCUGCCGUGGACAGAUCCCUGAAACCGAGUGCUUUGGGGAGCCCGGAAACCAGUGCCAGUAUGGAUGUUCUGCGCCAGGUCGUCGUGCCCAGGGAACUCUGCCAGAAAUUCCUGCAGCUGGCUGAUGCCAACACGGUGCGGGGCGUGGAGACCUGCGGGAUCCUCUGUGGGAAGCUGAUGAGGAACGAGUUCACGGUGACGCACGUCAUCGUCCCCAAGCAGCAUGGGGGCCCCGACUACUGCAACACAGAGAACGAGGAGGAGCUCUUCCUCAUCCAGGACCAGCAUGGUCUUGUGACGCUCGGAUGGAUCCAUACUCACCCCACGCAGACGGCCUUCCUGUCCAGCGUGGACCUGCACACGCACUGCUCCUACCAGAUGAUGCUCCCGGAGUCCGUGGCCAUCGUGUGCGCUCCCAAAUACCAGGACUGGGGCCACUCCAAGCUCCCCUCUGUGCUGCAGGACGGGCUUCUUCCAGCUCACUGCACACGGCUUGGAGGAGAUCUCGUCCUGCCGGCAGAAGGGCUUCCACCCGCACGCCAAAGAGCCUCCGCUCUUCACCACCUGCAGCCACGUGGUGGUGAUGGAGCGGAACGUGGUGCUCAUGGAUCUCCGCUAGGCCUCCUGUCUUAACGCACUGCCUCCGCCCGGGGGCACCGAUGCCUCACGGCGCAGAUGAUUUUGACCGCGGAGCGGCCCCUUCCCCUCCCUCCACCAGCCAAGUCUAGGAGCAGAGCCUGGCAGGAGCGGGUGGCAGCUCCACGCCCGGCAUCAGCCUCGCACGCGGGAGGAGCUCGCAGGGAACGCACAGACCGAAGCUGACACUGAGGCAGUCGUGUAGCUCUUGAAUCCCUCACAGGCUCCAACCCUCAUCCUUUCCCUGUUUUCGGAGUGUCGCAUUUGGGCCUUUCGGGUGGCUCGGAUGCUGCUCAACAGCAGGCGGGAUGGGGCACAUGGGACAUCCCRUUAUUUCUCUCCUUUCUUGGGGGGUUUCACUCCGGGCCUCGAGUGGAGCUGGAGGGCUUGGG